GCUUGUGAAGGAUGGAAAAUGUCUUCUGCAAACCACAGCACAGUGACUGAAUUCAUUCUCUUGGGACUCACGGAUGAUCCAGGGCUGGAGAAGAUCCUGUUUGGAGUGUUCCUGGUGAUCUACUUAGUCACACUGGUGGGGAAUUUGUGCAUGAUCUUCCUGAUCAGGACCAAUUCCCGUCUCCAAACUCCCAUGUAUUUCUUCCUUGGUCACCUCUCCUUUGUAGACAUUUGCUAUUCCUCCAAUAUUACCCCCAAUAUGCUGUACAACUUCCUCUCCGACACAAAGACCAUCUCCUAUGCUGGCUGCUUCACACAGUGUCUUCUCUUCAUCGCCUUGGUCAUCACUGAGUUUUACAUCCUGGCUUCCAUGGCACUGGAUCGCUAUGUUGCCAUUUGCAGCCCUCUGCAUUACAUGACCAGGAUGUCCAAGAGCAUUUGCAUCUCCUUAGUCACCGUCCCUUAUGCCUAUGGCUUCCUUAAUGGAAUCUCUCAAGCACUUUUGACUUUUCAUCUGUCUUUCUGUGGUUCCCUUGAAAUCAAUCAUUUUUAUUGUGCGGACCCUCCUCUUUUGAUGUUGGCCUGCUCCGAUACCUACGUGAAAAAGAUGGCAAUGUUUAUAGUUGCGGGCUUUACUCUCUCAAGCUCUCUCUUCAUCAUUCUCCUGUCUUACCUUUUCAUUUUUGCAGCCAUCCUGGGGAUGCGUUCUGCUCAGGGCCGGCACAAAGCCUUCUCUACCUGUGGUUCCCACUUGACAACGGUCACUAUCUUUUAUGGAACCCUUUUCUGCAUGUACUUGCGCCCCCCUUCUGAGAAAUCCAUAGAGGAAUCAAAAAUAAUUGCGGUCUUUUAUACUUUUUUGAGCCCAAUGCUGAACCCACUCAUCUAUAGCCUAAGGAACAAGGAUGUGAUUCAUGCCAUGCAGCAAGCGGUCAGGGGGAAUCUCUUCCGUAAACCUGCAAUUUAG